AUGCAGGAGAUCAAGAACACCAUUUCCGAGAACUUUGGCGGCCCGGCCUCAAAGCUGGGCUCUCACCAAUUCAAAUUGGAUGACUGCCCGGACCUCUCGGGGAAAGUAGCCGUCAUCACCGGGGGCAGCGAAGGCAUCGGCUUUGGGGUUGCGUACACGCUGUUAAAGCACAACAUCGCUAAGCUGUACAUUCUUUCUGUGUCCAAGGAAGUCGUUGAGGGCGCGAAAGACGCCGUGGCCAAGGAGCUGGGCCAAGAUAAAGCCGAUCGGACCGUUUGGAUGCAGUGUGAUCUCAGCGACUGGCCUCGCGUCAAACAGGUGGCCGAAGCCAUCAAGCACGAUACGGACCGGCUCGACAUUCUCGUCAACAACGCUGCGCGGGGCAUCAUGACGGCCGAGUUGACUUCGUACGGCGUUGAUCGGCACAUAGCCGUUAAUCACAUGGGCCACGUCAUCCUAACGAGCUAUCUGUUGCCGCUGAUGAAGGAGACUGCCAAACAAGGCAACGUUGUCCGCAUCAGCAACCAGGCUAGCAACAUGCACACCAAGGUACCCAGCAACACCAAGUUCGCCAGCCUCGACGAGAUCAACAAGGACCUGGGACCGAAUGAGCAGUACGGGCGGAGCAAGCUGGCGGCGAUCUUAUACGCGCGGUAUUUCGACCGCAAAGUGACCAGGAACGGGCACCCGAAUGUGCUGAUGAACGCUACGCACCCGGGGUUUGUGAGUUCCAAGCAGAGCAGGACGGACAUCUUUGAGGCGUUUCCACUUGGCGGUUGGGCUAUGUCCCAUGGCCUUGAACCGUUCAAGAAAGACCAGUUUGAGGGCGCCGUCCCCACGGUCUUUGCUGUGACCAUGGCGGACAAAUCGGGCCAGUACAUCUGCGCACCCGCCAUUCCAGAGGCGGGGAGCGAGCUGUCGCAAAGCGAGGAAUUGGCUGACGCCCUGAUGGAACUGACAAGGAACGUGGUCAGAGACAAGAUGCGGAGCGAGCCGGCCGGGAAGGGGUCUCCUUUGGAUGAUUUCGUGCUGCACUAA